GCAUUAUUACGUCAAAACAAAAAUUCGUAUAUUAGGUUGAAAUUAAAUUAAUAUUCGCACAAGUUGCAAGACAGCAACAACGAUUGAUUAACUUUUGAGGAUCAAUAGAGUGAUUUGAUAAACGUUGGUGUGUUGGGACUGCCAACGAUGCAACAAUUGUUUUAACAAGUCGCGACCGACAAGGAAGAUUAGAAUAUCCACAGUAUUCAAAAUUUUCAGUCCAACAGCAACGUCAAGUUCAAACUGCAUGCUCUCGGAUAUUUUUGUAUUCGGCUGGAUUUCGCAUUCCAACACGCGAGCAACAACUCACCACAGUGUCGGUUGCGCAUACGCAUAGAGCUACUUGCGCGGACAGUGGUAAUAUCGUUUAACACUUUGAUAAAGUUGCUGGAGUCGGACACAAGCUGCGCGCUCUGCGAUUAGCUAAUUGCUGCUUUACGUCUUGUCGUCGUUGUUGCUUCAUCAAUUCGCGUGCAAGUAAUCUUUUAUUGAAACAAACUAAGGUUUGAUCUUGGCGCGCGCGCUUGUUGUUAAAUGUGUGUAUUGUCGCCUUAGCAAGCCAAGCAAAAUCCUGUGCAUAAUAAAAAUAAUAAUGCCGGUUUGCGAGACUUAAAAAUUUUUCUGAAUAUAAACAAACUCAUCAGGCUUAAAAGAGCUCUGAGGGUAAACUGAAAUCACAUCCAAUUGUUAACAACAAUAAUAAAUUGUAAUAAAAAUUUAAACACUUAAACAAAACUAAAUAUAAACUAAAUAAUACUAUAAAAUGGCCUGCUUGAGCACUUCCGGUCGAGUCGUGUGCGCUACGCGUCGUCAACAAGCUCACAAGUUUAUCUGUCGACUGUUCCUGAAUCAUAGUUUGAGACGGCAGAGCAGCAUCUUUGCGGGAAUAAUAGCUCCAGUGCAAGGAGUCAAGGAGGCGAAGCUGCCACAGGAAGCUCAACAACGUCGCUUUCAUGGAUUGAGCUUCAGCAUCGCCCAGGAUUACCUUAGCUUGACGCAAAGCCCACAUAGCUGCAGACAGAAUUCGCGUUACACACAUAGUAAGAUAAAUGUCCGGAAGCAUAGCUCGGUGCACACACAACAACCAGCUGGACCCGUCAGAGAAAUACAGAUUGAUCCAUAUAUAAUACUUGACGAUGAGCUCAAGUAUUUCUAUGACGAUGUCAGAGACCUGCUUCAAUCGGGAACGUCACAGCCAGAACUGGACACAAUUGCGUGCUAUUACUUUGAUGGGCAGGGCAAGGCAUUACGUCCCAUGGUGACCAUGCUGAUGGCCAAGGCGUUAAACUAUCAUCUGAACAACGAGUCGCACCAAUUAGUACACAAACAACGUCAGAUCGCCCUGUUCUCCGAGAUGGUGCACUCGGCCAGUUUGGUGCACGACGAUGUUAUCGAUCAGUCGGACUUUCGGCGUGGCAAGCCAAGUGUGAAUGCACUCUGGAAUCACAAAAAGGUCACAAUGGCUGGUGACUACAUCUUAUCGAUUGCCUCGAUUAUGAUAGCGCGUCUGCGCAGCGAUGAUGUGACGAUCGUAUUGAGCCAGAUCUUGACGGAUUUGGUUCAGGGCGAGUUUAUGCAACUCGGCUCAAGAGAAACUGAGAACGAGCGAUUUGCACAUUAUUUGACCAAGACGUACAGGAAGACAGCUUCGCUAAUUGCCAAUGCAUUAAAAGCGACCGCCGUCAUCGCGCAGGCCGAUGAUAAUUUGGCCGAGGUGGCCUUCCAAUAUGGACGUAAUAUUGGCCUAGCCUUUCAACUGGUGGAUGAUAUGCUAGACUUUGUCUCGUCCACAGAGCAAAUGGGCAAACCAACUGCAGCGGACUUAAAACUGGGCCUAGCCACAGCGCCUGUACUCUUUGCAUGCGAAAAGUACCCUGAGCUGAAUCCCAUGGUUAUGCGUCGCUUCAGUGAGCCUGGUGAUGUGGAGCGGGCAUUUGAACUGGUACACAAGUCUCAUGGAUUGGAGCAAACCCGCUUUCUGGCAAAGAAGCAUUGCAACGAAGCCAUACGAUUAGCACAAGAGCUGACGGAGUCACCUUAUCAGAAGGGUCUGCAGAUUGUUGCUGAUUUGGUCAUAAAUCGCAUGAAAUAGACGCAAACCAUAUACAAAUUAUAUAUAACAUAAAACAUAUA